GUUGCAGUCAUGAGUCAGGGUACAAAUUUGAAUAGCAUUCAGACUUUAAUCUGUGUAUCACCAAAAAAACCAUAGAACCACUUGCUGGUGUUGCCGUUGGGCCUGUGUUGGCUUAACAAGAGCAUGCCUUUCUGGAUCCAUGGCUCAGAUGACCUCUGGUUUUAGAUCAAGUGUCUUUUCUUGAGCUUGGCUCAUAGCUGCUAACUAGCCUUUUCCGAGGAGAGCCAGAGAGACAAUGUUUUAACGUUUCCUAUCCUGGGGUACGCAGCGUUUGGAUAAAGAUUACACUGAAAUUGAAGCCUACCUGCACACCUAAUGGCUAAAACAGUUAUAUCACUUCUGUCAGCAUACACUUCUACUACAAUGGCUCUCAUCAACUUGAAAAUAACUUAUUUUUCACACGUGCAGCUCCCACUGCCAGCUCCUGUUAAUGCACGCUUUCAGUUGCACUUUAUAGAUUUACGACCAUGAAGCCAGUGACUUGGUUGAAACCAACAGUCAUGGAGCAAAUACUCAAGGACUUUUUAGCUAAGCUGGACUGAACUGAACUGAAGAGCAGAUAGGAGACACAUGUUGUUGGGGUUUUUUUUGUUUUUUUAGUAAAGCAAGAGUCUCUUUGAGGUGCAGCAAAAUCAUCCAGAAACUGCUGUGAGGUCAGAGGGUUAAAUAUGCAAAGCAGAGUCAUUUCAAAUGUCUCCACGCAUGAUUGGUGGGAACCUUUAACAUACAGUAGCUGAACAUACAGUGGAAGUCAUGACAGAACAACAUGCUAACCAGCCAUAACCCCUUUGAAACCAGCUAACUAUAUUAGGCUCUUGCUGAGUAAUUUAAACCAAACUACAGAGAGAAUGUCAGUAUGCAUAAACAAACAAUGAAACCUGUUUUUAAUUUUGUCCAUAAAAAUAUUGAGCAUCCUGGGGCAAACGUACAUCACUUGUGUCUCAAAGAAGCAAAUCCAGUGAAACCAAUGCUCACCUGCGUAUUUUUCUACAUAUAACUUAUGAAUAUGUACUGUUGCUUCUCCUAAACUGUCUUUUUAUGAGAUUUGAAGCCCAGUCUUCAGUUUAAAUGUCCUAAUACCCUCUUGUGUAACUUCCAUGUCAGGAAAAAAAAUACAGUAUAUGGCAAUAUAUAUUUAUUCUUUAGCUUUUGUUUUGGUGAAAAAUUGAAACCAAAGUUGUGCUUCAUGGAUACACUAACAGUUUUUUUUAUGUUAAAUUAACAUUGUCAGUUAAUUUGCAUCAUCAUAGAGGCGGUUAAUAAUAAAGAUAGUUUAAGGUUGCUCAUACAGGGGUUCACAGCAUCUUCUUCAAACUGAAUUUCAUGUGUUGAGUGAUACUGCUCCAGGUACAAGGACUGGCUGCAGAAAAUAAUGUCCAGUCAUCGUUAAAAUGGUCAGCGACACCCUAAACACACCCUUGAAUCAAUUUCAACAGAGUGCCAAGGAGUUUUAAAGCCAGCCAUAUCAGUACACUUUGCCCUACAUUCCGCAUUGGCUUCACAUUGAAAUAAAUGUACAAUCAAAUAGUUAUCACUUCUGAUUUAAAAAAAAAAAAAAAAAAAAAAAAAAAAAAAGAAGUAAACAAGAUAAGGCAUAUAUUGCCAGCUAUAAUUACUGGACAACUUUUUAUGCUUGGUGCAAGAGACACAUUGCAGUAAGUAUCACAGCUGCAGGUUUCAGGGGCUGUUUUCUUUCAUUCUGGUCUACAGCAAGUCAGACAUGCUCGGGCAGUUUGAGGUCAGGUGACUGAUUUGACCAGUCAAAAAAUUUCCACGAUUUGGCUUCACAGAUUCCUGGGUCACAUUGCGUAAAUGUUUAGAAGGCGUGUCCUGCUACACAUCUAUUCUUACAGACAUUAAUAAGUGUACAUUCAGCUAUGUGUUGAACAAUAUCUAACAAUCAAAAACGAUUUUGUUAAAAAAUGUCUCAAAUUGAGGUAUUUUAAAAGAAUUGUUUUGAUAUAAAUACUGAAAAAAGCAAGAAAGGAAGACAUCCAAUAGUAAAGGCCUGAAGGAGCCCAAUGACAGAAGACUUUAAGGAUGUAUGCUGCUGUUUGUGUUUGCCAGCAGGUUGUAAAUAUGACAACUGUAAUGUUAUGAUAUAUAACAGUUUACUUGUCCCCUCGUAUUACAGCACAACGCUAACAUUUUUGACCUCAUGAUCACCUUAAAUAACUCCAAUAUGCUGUAGUACAGAGCCAGAAUGAGAAAAGAAAACUGUCACUGUCACAUGAAUUAACUUUCUUACUGCUCAGUAUUAUGGGGUAGAGAAAAAUCCUGGCUUUUCACUUCAUUUCAGAUUUAUUUAUGUUAUACUUAGUCAUCAGCCAUCUCAGAGCACUUUAUACUAAGGUCACUAUCUUACAGUGUUUUAGAGAGAAACUACAUAAUUUCCCCUUGAGCAACACUUGAUGACAAUGGGGAAGAAAAACUCCCUUUUAACUGGAAGGAACCUCCGAUAGAACCAAACUCGGGGAUGGUGGUUGUCUGCCUCAAACAGCUGAGAUAAGAGGAGAAGUAAGAAAGAAAAGAUUAGCAUUAAAGAAAUAAAAGCACUGGGCCGAUUGGCAGCACUGACGGCCAUAAAUCAGAAACCUGCAGCUCCAGAGCCAGAGGCACCUGCAGAGAGGUAUGAGGAGAGAGGACUGAGAUGAUAAAACACAAACUAUGGGGAAGAGAGAGGAGACACAAAGUUAAUUACAUGAAAAGAGGCUUAUAUAUGUAUGGAGAAGAGUAGAGGAGAAAUGCCCAGUGCAUCAUGGAAGUAACGUGACUAGGGAUGUUUUAAAGUCAACUGAGCAGAACUUAAUUCAAAAAAGAACGCUUUAAGUCUAAUCUUAAGACUGAAAGUUGAUUCAACAGGAGAGGCAUCAGAUCGCUGAAGGCUCUGCAUCCAAUUCCAGUUUUGUGUACUCGAAGAACCACAGGUCAGCCUGCAACCUGAGUGCUCUAUUGGAAUAAGAUGAUACAAUAAAAUGAAACUAUGAGGUGAAACUAUGAACUAUUAAUGUCUGUAUGUAAGGAGAAGGAUUUUAAAUAGUUCUGUGAUUUUUUUUUUCACUAUAAUUAGGAAAUCACUCUUUUUCUCAGUGUGUUGUGUCUCUGAAUCUCUACAAACAUUAGGAAAUAUUUUAAUAUUGUACUUUGACGACAUAAUGUUACUAGCUGUUUCCAAAGCUCUGUCUGUUACAUAGGACCUAAUCAAAUACAAUAAACACUAUCUUUAUAAAGCUUCUAACAUUCAGCUUUUGAGACAAUGUAAGAAAGGCGUUGGUUCGCUUCAUACAGUUAUAAGCCUCUAGAUGUAAUGCUAUGCAACUAGCAAUGUAACAUAUCUUGUUUACCGGUAAGUAUAUAACACAAUGCAAUUCAUCAACACAACUUCCUACACACACAAUCAUAUUGCCACCAUUCUGACACACUGUCAACACAAGUUGAUGACCUCAUAAAGGUACGUAGAUCUUUGUUGUAGGACUAGUUUAUUGUGUCAAAGAUAACACACAUUCUGUCAUGUCAGAGUUAUGAAACACUCUUGACGUCUUCCAGUCAAAGACUGGCCAGAAUGUUGUUGGUCUGUUGACUCUCAUAGUCAUGUAAGCGUCUCACAGCCCUGACUAUUUCAGGAUGCUGUAUUUGAAGGAUUAGCUCCCUUAAAGCGGCUAGACAGGUUAAAAGUAGUAAAACCAGGCUGUCUUUGUUCCAAAUAAAGGCCAGACUAUGGUACCUUUAGGCCUAGUUCCACACAUUCCCUGUUAUCAAAUAUAUUACAUUUUAAAUAAAUUCGAUUUUAUAUGUGCAGUCACUGUCGGCAAUAGCCAUUGUGCUUUAGUGCAUGAGGCAAUAGAAAGGUGGUUUAAAAGUAAAAUAGCCACAAUUUAGACCCUCCAAACAGGACCCACACCACUUAUGUGAUCCUCUGUGGAAGGGUGUGGUUGUGAUACUGCUCUGGCUAGAUGGACACUUUGUUUUUGACUAAGAAGAGAAUGUUCCCCCGUCGUCACAUUCAUGUCCGGCAAUCUCAUACCCAUGUGUGCCUAUUUGCAGAAAAAUAAAUCAAGCCUUGCAACUUGUUGAAUAUCUUCUGUCUAGUUAAUUAAGUUUUUACUCCUGAUUGCAGAGUUUUCACAAAAACUAAUUACACCAGUGGCUUUGAUUACAUCUGAACAUAUUUGUGUGCUCAUUUAAGGCAAGAACAAAAAGUGUCAUACAAUCUGAUCUGUGGAAAUGAUGUUGAAGCAGUUACCAUUCAUCAAACAGCUGAAAGACUGGUUCCACUUCAGGUUGUCCUGAAUGUUCAAGAAUACACUGUAAUGUCAAAUUAUCACUGGGAUAUAAAGGGCAGUUUUUCUAGGGGAUAUCUGAACUACAUUUGAAUACCACACCUUAUUUGUUUUAUGUUGCUUAUUUUACUCUAAUGCAUGAUAAACUGAAGUUGCAAUGCAUGUUCCCAUUAUACCAUGGAUAAUCUUAUAUGUAAUGCUACUAUGCAUUUUUAGUUUUCCAGACAAAGACUACCAAUAAGGAAGUUUAUUAUCCGAAAUAGCUGCGUAAUGUAUAUGAACAGAACUGGCUAUGUUCAAGUCAGUUUUCUUACUGUAAUGAAACAUCACAAAGCUGAAGUACAUCAUGAUGUAUUCCCAUAACGCAGAAUUACAUUAUUUGCACACAAUAUUAGGUAAUUGACAGGGAUCUUUUUUUUUUGUUUUUUGAUGUACUGCUACAUUUCUACAAUGUCAUUCAGCAGACGCGUUUAUCCAAAGCGACGUACAUCUGACAGUAGAUAUAACACAAACAAGGAUCUAGUCAGGAGAAAAUAACCUGGAUAAGAGCCAUAAAACAAGCUCAGGUGUACUUGAACUUGUUUUAUACUGAAAUGUAAACCUUAAAAAAGGUAUAUCUGUUUACCAUGCGUCACCUUUAACGCUUUGAUAAUUGCUAUACUUGGUGGUAAAAUACCUGUCAUUACAGUGAAUAUACUAGUUUUAGGAGCAGCUAUGCCAGCGUUGUUUCAGUGUUGGAUUUCAGUGAAUCAUACCUGUCAAACAAGGACAGCCCUUCCCUGAAAUGGGCGGGUUCAGCACAGCUGAGUGGGCGGGGCUGAGAUGAAGUCAACCUUAAGAUGAGUGAGAGCGUUAAUUCAGCAGCAGAAUGCAACCAGGAAGGUUUAGUGUUAAGUCCUCACGGGGACAAAUAUAGCCCGAGUGAAUCCAGCUCGAGGGGUUAUUAGCUGAUUGCAGGGCCUGACCACAGCACAUGGAGAGACUCUCAGACAGCCUGAGGCUGACUCACAGCUUGACUGCAAGAAGUGACUCUGUUGCUAAAGCUGCUCUAUAAUGUGUAGUAUUCGAGGAAGUUGUUAGAGACAGAAUGAGUUGUUUUGUCAGAGCGGGUCACCAGGACAGAGCCCCGUUCUCCAGCUGAGUCAGACUGAAGCAGCAUCCUCCUUACAUGUGUACAACCAUGAAGAUCAACUCGUAUGGACUGCAGGAGGCUUCUGGGAGCCACAGUGAGAACAGAGUCUGGAAAUGGCACAUUCAGGACCCCGCCAGCCAGAGACUGACGUGGAACAAGCCACCAAAAAGUGUCCUUGUCAUCAAGAAAAUCCGAGAUGCCAGUCUGCUUCAGCCUUUCAAAGAGCUCUGCAUAUUUCUCACCGAGGUAAAAAAUAUGAUUGUUUACGUGGAAAAAAAAGUUCUGGAGGACCCAGCUAUAUCAGACGAUGAAAACUUCGGGGCCAUUACUAAGAAAUUCUGCACUUUCAGAGAAGAUCUCGAUGACAUCUCCAAUCGUGUAGACUUUAUCAUCUGUCUUGGUGGAGAUGGAACAUUGCUUUACGCAUCUUCGCUCUUCCAGGAGAGCGUUCCACCAGUUAUGGCCUUCCACCUGGGUUCUCUGGGCUUUCUGACACCUUUCAAGUUUGACACCUACCAGUCUCAGGUCACCCAAAUUAUUGAAGGUAAUGCUGCCAUUGUCCUGCGAAGUCGCUUGAAAGUCCGGGUGCUUAAAGAGAACUGGGAGAAGAAAGCCAGAGUGGACGAAAAGGGUAUCAUCCUGACCAAUGGGGACAUCGAAAGUAGCCGCAAAGCCCUGCAGUAUCAGGUUCUGAAUGAGGUAGUGGUGGACAGAGGACCUUCCUCCUAUCUCUCCAAUGUCGAUCUCUUCCUGGAUGGACACCUCAUUACAACAGUACAGGGAGAUGGUGUGAUAGUAUCUACACCUACAGGCAGCACAGCGUAUGCUGUGGCAGCAGGAGCUUCCAUGAUCCAUCCCAACGUCCCAGCCAUCAUGAUCACCCCCAUCUGCCCACACUCGCUGUCCUUCAGACCCAUCGUGGUGCCCGCUGGGGUUGAACUCAAGAUAAUGCUGUCAUGUGACGCUAGAAACACAGCCUGGGUAUCAUUUGAUGGAAGGAAGAGACAAGAGAUCUGCCACGGAGACAGUAUUACCAUCACCACUUCCUGCUUCCCUGUUCCCUCCAUCUGUUUCCGGGACCCGGUCAAUGACUGGUUUGAGAGUCUGGCUCAGUGUUUGCACUGGAACGUGAGGAAGAAACAGAACUAUCUCAGCUCAGAGGAUGAGGAGUUCUAAGGCUGCAAGAUUUUUCUAAGGUCUCCAAGGAUUUCUGAAGUCAUCAUUUUACCUUGACCAUGCUCUGUUGCCAUUUUAUUUUUUAUGGAUGGAAGGUAGAACCAAGCUCUGUUCAAAAAGGUCUCUUGUAAUAAUGUUGCCCUUCACAUGGAUUGAAAUAAUUCCACAGAAUACUGAUCCAAAAAAUGCUUCUAUUGCGGGCCUUAAUGCUGUAUUUUACAGGAAGAAAGGUGAAGUAAUAAGACCCAAAGUGAAACUAAAUAUUUUGGUUGUUUUUAGCUGGGUGUUGGCUGCUAACAGUUGUUGAGUCUGCAGAGAAUGGGAACUACUACAUUGUCAUGUGUUGUUCAGAAAAAGGCAGCAUAAAAACAGACCUGAGAAAGGACUUACUGAAAUGAAAGCAUUUACAGUAAAUAUCUAUAUAUAUUAAUACUAAUACUAUUAAACAAAAAUUAAGAAAAAUACAAAUAAGAUUGUUAAAUAACUUUUCCAAAAAAACAAAUUUGAAUAAUUUACAGUUUAUUAAUAGACAUGGAACACUUUGGUCUCAAUACAAAACAAAUCUGAACGUUGUGACAAUCUAACUCACGCUAGUCAGAGACUAAAUGUUAGGAGAAAAACGCAUUUAAUAAAAAGUCUGUCAAGUUCCCCACCCAAAAAAACACACGUCAAGUUCUGCAUUGUGUUGGCUUAUUAAAAUGUUGGAUUUUCGAAUGGAGUUUGGCCCCCCAUUGGUGAAGGAUCUGUAUGCUGUGAAAACUGUCCCUUUGAAGUCAAGAAGCAGCUUGUAGAGAAAGAUGUUUUGACUAGUAAUCAAAUGGAAGUACAACACUUGAGUUGACCUUGAACCAAAGUGCACAGAGGUCAGUUGUGGACGGCAGUUUUUGCAGUACUCUUAAUGGGUGUCAUCAGGUCUGCGAAUCCUUGAGACAGACGGCAGGGGUACGACUGCUACUUUAUAAAUGGCAAAAGCCUUGUUUUUUCAUUGGAGGUGAAGGCCAAGUUGCACUAUUUAGAGGAAAUUACAUGAAAGAAAAGCAAUCUGUCAAAUCAGACGCUUCAAAUUCUGUUAAACAGGUCAGGAAAAACGCUGUAAUGCCGUCAACUAAUGUUUUUAGGCGCAUUCAGGGGAAGAGCAGAUUUUCAGCACGUCUACUCGGCAGCAGCAGCCCAACUGUACAGACUGUGCCUUAAACACUGGUAUCAUUAACAUAGAUAAAUCUUAUUUUUCAAGGUUUACAUCAUGUUUGUCAUAUUUUUUUAUCAUACACUUGCACAUAUCUGUAUCGUGCGCAUUAUAACCCCAUGUUGACCGUCUUCUCCAUCAGCAGCACAUGACACUUGAUUGAAUUCUAUUUAAUGUUGCAUUAUAUCUCUGUGUUCAGCUGUUGGUAAACGCUAACAGGUGGGAUUCAUUCCAAGCAGACCACAGUUCAGAUGUCUUUAUUUUUUUUCAUGUCUGCUUUUUAAAAUGUCCUUUAAGCCAUAGCUGAACUUUUGAAAAUGUAUUUUCUAGACCAAUGUCUGUGGGUGGUUUACUGUUCUAUGUGUGAAUGUGGAGGAAUCAUUAGACUUCCAAUCAGUUUGUGACAAGUGAACACUUCAAGGUGGCCUACCCGACAUGUUAGUUUGGACUUAGUGUACAGAUGUUAAUAUAUACAUUCUAAUUUGGCUCUGCAAAUUGUGUUAGAGUGAAAAGAGGAGCAGUGGCAUCACCAGUUGAAACUCUGCAAAACAGACUCAGCUCUAAAAGGCAAUCAUUCCUUUAACUCUUGCGUAUGUAUAUAAAUGUAACGCUUGUAUAAAAUGUAUUUUGUAAAGUCAACAUGUUUAUUAACUGGUUUACAAUGUAUUAAUGGAAAUAAAUCUAUUUGGUACUUUUUUACAUUAAUAAAUUCUUCAGUUGUUGAUUCUUUUUGUUUAUGAGGAAAAAGUCUGUGUUAACAACUCUAAUUCCUAUUUAACCGACUGUAAUUGUAAAGAGAUACAGUGACGUACUUUUACAUUCAAGUUUAUUCAAAAUGCAUUCCAGGACAACAUGAAUAGUCUACUUUUUAGGAAAGAUGCUGGCAGGUUUGUUUUAAAUGUUGAACUAUUUAAACCCCAGUUCCACAUAAAAACCCACCUUCAGCAUUGUCAGCUCUCGUACUGCUUUUCACUUUUGUAACUCUGAGAACCUGUCAUUCUAACUUUUGUAUUAAGUUUGUUAAUGUUUCUAAUAUGAAUAUUUUUUCCCCAAAACACUUUAAUAAACAGAGAGUUUAACCAGGAA